AUGCCACCUCCCAUGCUCAUCCACGCAGCAGCGGCAGCAGCCUCGCCCCGUCACGCCCGUCUCGCCCGUGCCACAGCCACAGCCGCGACGACAACCACCUCUGCCGUGCUCCUCGCCCGCCGCGACCUGACUGUCAACGACGCCCAAAAGGUCACCCUCGGCAUCAUCGCCGUCUAUGUCGUCGCCAUCGCCCUGCUGUGGAACAUCCCGUAUGUUCGGGGUAUUCUUUGGCCUUUUAAGAUGCUCGUAAUCGCCUUCCACGAAUUCUCCCACGCCUUCGCCUGCGUCCUAACCGGCGGCCGGGUCCAAUCCAUCUCUCUCGACCCCCGCGAAGGCGGCGUCACCCACAUGCUAGGCGGCCGCAACGCCGUGACCUUACCCGCCGGCUACCUCGGCUCGUCGCUGAUCGGCGCUUUGCUGACCUUUGCCGGGUUCAACAUCAACGCGAGCAAGAUUGCGAGUAUUGUUGUGGGCGUGGCUUUCUUGUUGACGUUGUGGUGGGGCAGGAGGGAUUGGUUGACUAUUCUGACGGUGUUGGCGGCGGUCGGGUUGUUGGUGGGGUGUUGGUUUAUUGCGCAUGCUGAGGCGUUGAGGUUUGUGGUGUUGUUUAUUGGGGUUAUGAGUUCGUUGUAUAGCGUGUGGGAUAUCUGCGACGACCUAAUCCUACGCAAAGUCAACUCCUCCGACGCCAGCGUCUUCGCCCAGCGCUACGGCGGUUCCUCCCAGUGCUGGGGCGUCAUCUGGUCUGUCAUCUCCCUCGGCUUCAUGGCUGCCGGCAUCGUCGCUGGUAUCGCUGCCUUCCCGCAGUCGGCGACCCAGCAGCGCGAGGACUCGCAGCAUUUUAUUCCUACCAAGUUUUAA